AACCAAAUUUCUUAACUCGUGGAAUCGUACUACCUCCAUCAUGAAGGCGGUUAGUUUUCUGCUAGUCAGCCUUCUUCUGGCCACCGCUGUGGUCGCUGGACCAUUUGGAUCCAGACGUGGUGAGGAGGUUGAACCCGAGUCUGAAUGUUCAGAGCUAACAAGAUUCCGAGAAGGGUUCCGAUAUGAAUUUGAUUACACAACCGAAACCAUCACUGGCAUAGAAGGCGCUGGACCUGGAUCAACAACCACCAUGACAAUGGCAUGCAAUGUUGCUAUCGAAUCACCAGAAAGGUGCAAGAAUGUCCUCAAGGUCACCUCCUGUCAUCUUAAUGGGAACAACCGGCUUGGUGAGGAGAUGAGUGCCCAUGACCUGGUCUUCCGCACUAAGAAUGGACGAAUCAUCGAGGUGCUGGCUCAUCCCGAUGAACCACUUCACAUCCUGAACGCCAAACGUGGUAUCCUCAGCAUGGUCCAGCUCGACUUUGAAGCCGAUGAUGUUGACCAGAUCACCCUGAAUGAAGUCUCCGUACACGGCAACUGCAGUAGCGAGAUGAAUGUUACUCAGCGUGAUGGAAGACAGAGGCCACGCAAGCUCGAGGUAGUGACUGAUCUCAACAACUGUAUGCUCAGGAAACGACCAGAGAAUAUGAGCAGAUGGCAGAGCUUCAAGGAUAUUGUCUUCAACACGACUGUCAUGGACAAGUUCCUCAACUCUUCAAGGACAUGCAGCUAUGAUCUGAAAGGAACUACUGCAGAAUUCAAACAGAUAGUAUGUGAAGAAGUUCACUCCUUCUGGCCAAUGAAUUUCAACAGUGAGAAUGGUGUUCGUACGUUCAUCCGUCAGAAUAUGCUAAGCACAGCCAUUGAUAAUUUGAACACAAUCAAGGUUGACCCAGCAAAUACCAGAUCAACAUGCCUGAGGUAUGAGCAUGACCCUAAGGAAGUUGGUCAGAAGCCUAGUGAUGUAACUGCUGACCAAGCCAUGGAUAUCCUGAAGGCACUUGUCAAGAUCUCUCGUGAGGAGAUUAAGAUGGAAAGUCCUCGACUUUUUGGCAGAUGGCGGACUGCUCUGGAGGGAAUGACAAACGAGACCAUCCAUGAAGUCUUUGAUCGUGCUUACAACUGCAGUGAAUACUCACAAACCUGCCGUGACAACCCAGAUAAGGAGAAAAUUGCCAGGGAAUAUCUUCUUGAUGGCCUCCUUCCUUGUACAACCAUGGCUUGCUUCAGUGUAAAGAACUAUGCCAUCGCUAAGGGAAUCAUCUCCAAGCCUCUUGCUAAUGCUUGGAUGGUAACCAUGGCUCUUCAGAACUACCCAACAUUGGAACUAAUGAGCGAGAUGCUACGUAUGGCUCAGUAUUCACCAUCACAAAUCACCAUCUUCCCCCUUAGUAUCAUGGUACACAACUACUGGGUGAAUAACGAGGAGAUUCACACUGCUGAAGAACUUCCAGAAUCAAUCAUCAAGACCAUCAGAUACCUGAAGUCUCUCAUUGGUAAUGACUGCACUGUAUCAGCAGAAAACCAACGUCUUGCACUUGUUGCUCUGAAGGCCAUAGGCAACAUCGGUGGGCCAGUUGAGCGAUAUGACCAGCUGGCUUUCAUAUACUCUGAGAGAGUAUCUCCAGUUCUUAUUGAGUGCACCAAGAACAGGCAGAUCCCAAGUGACAUCUCCAAGGCUGCCAUUCAGUCCAUGCGCCGAUUUGUGAUGAGUGACCAGCUCCGUGGCCAAGUCAUUUCUGAGCUAUUCAAGGAUACUUCUCUUGGGGUACCAGAAAGGAUCGCUUCCUAUCUCAUCACAAUGAAAGCUAAUCCUAGUAUCUCUGAGCUGACUGAAAUCUGGAACUUCUUGAAAACAGAACCAGUUAACCAGAUGAAAGCUUUCUGCUACUCUCACAUCCAGAAUGUCAUAGAGUCAAGCGAACCAACCUUACAACGGCUCAAGGAAAAUCUGAAGACUGCAAUGAAUGGUGAGCAACUACCAGAAUAUCCCAAGGAUAUCCGCAAGUACUCUCGCUUCUUUGAACUUUCAAAGAACCUGACUGAACCCUGGAGGAACAACACUGUCGCUGCCCAACUUGAGAGCGGCAUCAUUUUCAACCCUGAGAGCUACUUGCCUCAAGAAGUUAUGUUUCACUAUGUCCUAAAUGCUCUUGGAAAGAGCUGGGAUAUCUUUGAGACUGGCAUUGAGAUGAAAGGGUUCGAACCAAUCGUUGAAUCUGUCUUUGGACCUGAGGGUAUCUUCCCAGAGGUCAGCCUCCAGGCUAUGUUUGAAACCAUCGAUGAGAAAUUCUUGUCCAAGGUUCGGGAGUUUGCUGAGGCUCAACUUGAAAAGUGGGUUCCACAGCCAGCAGAGACCGAAAAUGAAGUCUUCAGCAAGAAGGGCAAAUUCGGCAAGAAGAUGAAGAAGAGGCAGUCUCAAAUUGGAGAGGCUCAGGUCAUUGAUGUCAUCCAUGAAAACACCAUGAACAAGCUCAACCAGCUACACUACCUUGUUGGCAUGGAACCAUCCGCUACUGAUGCUACUGUCUUCCUUCGUCUCCUUGGAAAUGAAUUUGGUUUCGUCAGUGCUGGUGAUGUUCUUUCUCUAAUCCCUUACACCAUGGGAAUUUACGAAGAAUUCAUGAACAAGACAAAACAGAUUCCACAGCUUCUGUCACAGGGGCUCAACCUAAACACAACUCGCUCUUUUGUAUUUAUGGACAAGACCUUUGUUUUGCCAACUGGUAUGGGUAUGCCACUCAACUGCAGCAUAAAUGGUACUGCUGUUGUCAGCCUCCGUAUGAAGAGUCAGUUCAGUUUGAAUCUUCCAAGGAUCAUUGCCGCAGGACAUAUUGCUCCAAGUGGUGCAGUAGAGGUUCUUGCUACCAUGGGUAUUGGUAUGCCAACCAAGGUAUUCACUGGGGUUAUGGCCAACGCAACAGUCUACCAUUCCUCCAAGAUCGAAGGAAACAUCACAAUUGAUGGCACUCACCUCAAGAUAAACCUUAACAACACCGACCGCCCAAUGAACCUCUUCAACUAUUCAACAACCUACAACCUGAUGAAGGCUAAUGGAGCCAUUGAAUACAUCCCAGGUGUUCUUCAAGAUGCUGUCCGAAAUCAGAGGUGUACCAAUGUCAGCAGGGUAUUUGGAGUUGACCUGUGUGUUUCAUGGGCCUAUCCCAAUGCAAGCUACGUUGCUGAAGCACCACGUUUCCCCUUUACUGGACCAAACAGCUUCAAUGUAACCCUUGUCAACACAGACCAAGCUUUGAAGGCAUACACCAUCGAUGCCCAGUACAAGCAGAUCAGGGAAGGUGGUGCACCACCACCAAUCUCAUUCAGCUCAAUUGGAAGGAGGAACAACAGAAACACUCAGGCAGCUAGCAACAUCAUUGAUACUGUCCGUGUAUCCUUCUAUGCACCAGGAGAGGAACAUACCCGCAACAUUACUUCACUCAUGAGUGUUGAUCGACUUCGCAAGACUGCCAAGUGGACAUUCACUGUUCCAGAGGUCAAGAACUUCAUCAUGUUUGCUGGACUCCUAAAUGAGACCACAGAUUCAUCCUCCUCGUACAGGGCUGUCUUCAAUGUUUCUGCUGCUGAGAACACAGCAUCAGUCGACUUUCUUGUUAGGAACGAGACAUCUGUAUCACAGAAGAAUCUUACAGCAGUCUUCAAUGCUUCCAUCAACAAUUUGUACUGGGCUGCUGUUGGACAGUUUGUCAAGCAGGAAGAGAGUGGUGAUUGGAACGCACAUGUGACUGACACAUACUAUUGGGACGAUGAAACUCCAUUGUACAAGCAGUUUCUCUUCCCAUGGACCGGAUACCAGAUCGACCAUGCUAAAUACCAGACCUCCACCAUCACUGCCAAGAGGAGAACAAGAGGACCAGUGGUUGAGCGUGACCUCAAGAUGUCAACUCUUGGCUGGGCAUUGGACUUUGAUACUGUCCAGACUGUUACAGAUGAAAUGAAGGAGUUUACAGUCCACACCCAAAUCUCAAAUUCAACAUGGGAAUUUCCACUUUUGGAUUUCAUUAUGAGGAAUGAAACUAAAGUGAAUGGCUAUCGUCUUGAAGGACAGAUUGCACGUAAUACUCACCAUGUCUUUGCUGAGUAUGAUGUUACCAAAGAGCAAAGAGAAACCAACCAUAACUACAGGAUGGGACUCAGGACUGAUGUUCUUGUGAACAACCCUGAUGCUGCCAUGUUCCUUAACUCUCCAGCUCUACUUAGGCUUUUUGGCGAGACUGCACUCAUUGAUGAACCUGUUGUCAUUGAUGGUGGUAUGAACUUCAGGAUUCUUGAUCAAUCAAGCCUGACUGAGGAACAUCUUAUCCAGACCAGCAUAUUCGUACCUAGCCCAAGAAAUCCUCAAAGUCAUCUUACAUAUGACUUUAAUCUCAGAUUUGAAAAUGCUACCAUCAGCAACCAGAAGGACUACUCUGUCGAAUUGACAACACCAAUUCCUCUUCUUAAGCUCCAAAAUGUCAACCUUCUGCAUCUUGUUAUUGAUAUGGAGUCCGGAGCAUCGUCUUUGGACCAUACUUACACCCUCUACGACACCCGUUACAACAAACCCCAGGUUACUGUGUCUAACAUAAUUGCCGCUGGAUGGAAGAAGCCUUCUGCAAACUGGGUAAUGGAAAUUGAAACACCGUCAAUCGUCUACUACCAGAACUAUACUGCUCUGUACUCACGUGAAAACGGACUGCAAUUCUAUUAUGAGAAUAGCCAGGACAGCAGUUUCUCUGAUCUCCUUGAUUUUACUGAAAUCAGUAACCUUUCUGUAAGACCAUCUGCUGUGUCCUUGUACUGGUCCUACCUGCACCAACUUAUAUCCACCAACGUUUCAAACAGUUUGGUUAUUGAGGGUCCAAUCACCGAAAUGAGGCUACGUGUUGUACCAAUGGUUGUGCGGGAUAUCCUUAAUAGGACCUACAACAGGGACUUCCAAAUUGUAAAGGAUCUGAUUCUAAAUAAGUUCAUCUGUAAUGUUACUUCAUCAUCUCUCACUUUACGUCAAAGUGCCAAUAUUUCUAGUCCAAUCAUUGCUAAUAUGUCAGCGUCGCAUUACAUCUUUUUGAGCCAAAGUCUCUUUGAUCAGAAGCUGACAUUUGCAGCUGAACAGAAGCGAUUAAACAUCUCAGCUGGUCUCAAUCACUCUCUGCUCAUUGAGGGUCGUGAGGUCACAUUGAAGACCGAGGGAGGCCUAACAGUAAGGACAGUACUGCGUAUGAACACCCUAACAUCAGUCAAUGUUACCGUCUUGAAAGAAGGUACACCUUUUGAUUUGGCAGCUUUGCACCAUACUGAGGUUGACUCACCUCUCAUCAAAUUCUCAACCCGCUCUUCAUCCAAUGGUGACUUUCACGGUGUUUUGAAUAUGGUGGCUAAUCAUAACACAUCCAUGACAUCGCGGUUGGGAUCUUUUGAUGUAAUUGGUAACUUUGACAUCCAUGACAUGACUUCGCCAACUCAAUUCAGCGAAAUGACUGGAAUUUUGACAUACAACCUUCAGUCUCGUAUGAUAAAUUCUUCACUGAACAGCUCAGUAAGCUUCCAAACCUUCCGAAAGCUCUUCAAAUUCAGCAAGAUCCUUGUUAAGGCUUCCCAGGACAUCAGAAGCAACUGGGUCAAUUGGAACGUUCAUGGUAAAUCUCAACUAAAAGGCUUCAGUAGUAUUUUUGAAUUUGAUGAGGUCAGUAGCAGUGUUGAAGCAAAUCUCCUCAACAAAUUUGUCAAUGGAAGCCACAGCUCUGGUAUUGCUCUUCGGGAUAUGAAUGGUCUUCUUGUCUUUAGGCAAUUUGCAACUUAUCUUAGCAAUAAUAUUACCAGCAGAUUUGUCAACAGCACUUACCAGACCCAGAUGAAUCUUGAGAAUUCUGAUGUAUCUUUCACAACUCUUGAUGGUUCAUCCAAUUACAUUCUGUCUUCUCGCCUUCUAAAUGUUACAGCAAAUAAUACUCUAUUGAUGAAUGGUUUCCGUCGCCUUUUUAACUUCGAUAGUAUUACAGGAAAGCAGAUCUGGUUUGUGAAGACAGCUUUUCUGAAUGCUACGAUGGACAACCAUAUUGCCCUGACAGAUUUCCAAAAUGCCUCAUACUUUGAGGAAAUUGCUGGCCAUGUAUCUGGAAAUGUAGAGGUUAGCUUGGCCAGGGGAAACACCAACACCACACUGCUUGUGCAAAAUGUGCGCUCGUUUACUCAGGUUUCUAAAGUGGCAGUUGACUCGUCAUCCACUUUCACCAGUCGUCUGAUGAAUUCAUCGCUAAUUGGAGGUAUGGACAUUACCAAUCACAGGUCUCUCCUUAACUUCGAUUCAAUUUCAUCAGGUAUGAACUUCACCUCCAAGAUCUUCAGCAUUUCUACAUCAAUGCAAAAUGAAGUAAGCUUUAAUGGAGUGCGGUCAUUGGCCAACUUUGACUCCAUUGCUCAUAAUUUCAGCAUGGCUGCAAACAGCCCUUUUUUUAAUUCAAGUCUGACUGAGGCCAUCUCUCUAGAAAACUUCAGGAAAGUCAACCAAUUUGACUUGGCAUCCGCAGAGGUUAUUGCUUCCUUCAACACAAUCCUCCUCAACACCUCCUACCAUCAAAUUCACAAGGUUCAAGACAUGGCAGGUUGGUUCCAAUAUCCUCUUGCAGAAACUGUCAUUAUUGGAAACCUUACUACGUCAAAGCUGAAUGUAUCUGGAUUAUAUGAAGGUAGAAUUGUUGAUAUGAAUGCACCAUUCCAAUAUGCCAGCAGCAUUGCCAAGGUCGAAUAUGUAGUAAAUAAUAGGUUCCUCAAUAUCGAAGGUUUCCAUGGAGUUGAAGUGGACAACAUGAGAGGUAUCUUUGACUUUACAAGAAUCAAUGGCACAAUUUCCCAUGCUGUAUCUACCCCUGUUACCCGCAUGAGCGUUGGUGGACUCCUUGAAAUGAACAACUUCCAGAGGCUCUUUACUUUUGAUCUUAUGAACGUCACAACCUCGAAUGAAUUCAUUAUUACUCCGCUAAGGACAACAUUUGCUGCCUACAAUGGAGGGUUGUCUCUGCAGGGCUUUGAAAAGUUUAAUAAAUUUGAAUCCAUUAUUGGAAAGUCAAAGGGUGCUGUUCUUACGAGGUGGACCAACUGGACCAUGAAUGUGGAAUCUACCUUUUCUGGUGUCCGUUCAUUCUUGAACUUCGACCGAUUGGACAUUUCUGGACAAAAUGAAUUCACAGGUCCCUUCUUAGUAAUCACUUCUAACACUACCAACUUUGUCACUGGAUCAAAUGGUUUCUUCAAGGCAUCAAAUGCAACAACCAAGAGCAUGUUUGGACUUAUAUCUCGCAUUGGAAAGGUUGACUCCGGCGCAACUUGGUCUGUUAGAGAUAUCGCAGGUCCAUUAACAUUUGCAGCCAAUGUCUUUUCUACAAAUGUGAACAUCAGCACACCUUUCAUGAAGACUGGCUCUAAAUUCGAUGUUGAAAUGGAAAACUGGAUGAAUGUCACUACUUUUGGAAAGUAUGAAGCUUCUGCUGUUAAUGACAUCCAUACCAGAAUUGCAACAUGGAAUGUUCUUUCACAUUUCAGACUGGACAACAUGGCUGGUAUCCUUACCUACUCUCGAAUGGAAGGAUGUGCAUCAUCCAACUUCUCUAGCAUCAUCUCAUCUUUGUAUACAAGCGUAAAUGGCCACAUCAACAAUCAAGCUGGGCCCCUGAACUACGGGGAAAUGGUCAUAGUUACUCAAGGAAAUUUUAGUUCUUGGCCUAUUAAGAUGCAAGGUGGUACCCAGUUAAAUGUCCAGAACAUGGCCGGCUUCAUGACAUAUGACAGCAUUACUGGUUCUGCCUCAGGAGACAUUACAAACAGGUUCUUGAACACUACAGCCCAAACUAGUCUGACUGCAAAUAUUGGGACUGGGCUCUUCAAGGUGCAACUUGCUAAUGUUUCGUCAGCUCUAACUGUGAACACAUCAUUCACACGGGAAAUCAAAGCCUCCAGCUCCGCUCAGGUUACUGAUUCAAGAAACCUGUUCAAGUUUGAAAAUGCAGCUAUCAAGGGCGAGUUUUCUUUCUUGACAUCAAAGAUCAACAUGACUGGCAAUGCUUACUCAACCCUUACCAACUUUGAGAACAUCACGACCUUUGAAUCAGUAGAAUCAACUGCUGUAUUUGAUGUAGCAAGUAGAUUCCUGAACUCUUCAUCAAGAGGCGUCAUGGAGAUGCAUGGUUUCGAGAGGUUGUUCAGAUUUUCUGAUGUCAAAAUCGGUGGAUCCACUGAAAUCAAGUCUAUCUUGGCAAAUCUAACAACCGAAGCAGGAAUCGACUUCAGCAACUUCCAGAGUGUCUUUACUUUUGAACGUGUCAACAGCUCAGCUCUUGUUUCCUUCAGAUCUAGACUAGCAACCAUCGAAAGCAAAACUGGCAUGGAGAUGAACAACUUCAGGGGAGUAAUGGCCUUUGAUCGUGUUAACGGUAGCCUUAUCACUGAUUUCAAUAGCAAGCUUAUCAAUUCCACUACACUUGCUGACUUUGCUUUAGAGGGAUUCGAAUCACUCUUCAUUUUUACCCGUGUUGCAGCAUCAGCUGAAUCUGUUGUAAACAACAAGAUUUUCAACUCGUCUGUUGUGGCAGACUUCUCAGUAAGUGACUCUACAUGCUUCUGCAAAUUUGACAAACUUGUUGCUCGAUCUACUGGAUCAUUGACUUCUAGAUUUGCAACAGGACGUGCUAUUGGCAUCGUUGAAGUAAAGAAUGUACGUAACCUUACCAGCUUUGAUCUCUUCAAUGUAACAUCAGAAGCCCGCUUCACUAGCAGACCAAUGACUGCUAUGACAGAGGCCAUUUACACCAUAAAGAAUCAUCGCAGCCUUUUCAACUUUGACCAAGUGCGAAGCCGUAUUUACGGCAAUAUUCAGAGCAAGUUGGUAAACAGCAGCACUCUUUUUGAGUCUCAGAUGAACAACUCUCAGUCACUCCUCGUUUUUGAUAGUGCAACAAGCCGAUUGUACAGCAAUGUCUUCAACAGAUGGAUAGAGAGCAGUGCAGUGUUUGAAUAUCAGAUGAAUAAUUCUCGCAACAUCCUCAACUUUGAUGCUGCCAAAUCUAAAGUGAUGUUCACACUUCGUACUCCGGUAAAUGAUGCCCACUUUAGUGGCCAACUAAAUUUCAUAAACUUUGCUAACAUAACGCACUAUGGAGAAGUAUCUGCUAUGGCUAUUGGAAAUAUUACAAGUCCACUUAUCAGAGCUGCAGGAAUUACCAAGGUCAAUGUUACAAACAUGGCUGGAAUUAUGUCUUUUGAAAAGGCUCUUAUAGAUUCAUAUGCAAAUGUUGAAUCACGACUUAUCAACACCACACUCGAAAACUCGGUUGUAUUAAAAGGUUUCGAGGGAAUCACAUAUUCCUACAUUGGCCAUCGCCUUGUAUUCCUUUGGGUUGAUCCUAUUAAUGAUGUCAUUGUAAAAAAUGGUCUAGAUCUGACAACAUUGAAAGACAUAUCUCAGCUCUUCAAUAUCACUUGGGCUACCCCUAAGGGAACAGUUGUCUUCAAUCAGCGCCUCAAUUAUGAAACUCUGGUGGCUACCAUCAAGCUUCCAUCCAUCGGUCUGAUUUCUGCUGGAGCAAAUCUCAACACGUUUGGAGACAUCUUGACUUUUUACAUUGACCAUGAAUUAUUGAAGGACAACUUCAAGUCAGUCAAUGACAUCACAUGGCUAUUGAGAUUAAAUGAGAGUAAUGUGAUCUACAGCAACUUCAGCUGGAACCCAGAGACAGUUGCAGAGAUUGUGGACAUCACUGUAGGAGCAAUUAACAGUAACUACAAUCAUACCAUCUUCAUUGCCAAUAGCACCAUCAACAGGGUCAUGGAAGUUGCUAAUCGCACCCUCACACACACCAGAAGGAUGACCAACUGCACCAAGUGUUUCAUGCACUACACCAUGAUGUUGGCGAAUGAGACUCUCACUUCCACAUUUUCACAGCUCAACCAAUCUGUCUUCACCCAAGCUCUGAAACUGAAUGAAACUCUCUACACCCAAUUGAAGAAAAUGAACCAGACCUUCUACACCCAGCUCAGAGCUCUGAACCAGACAUUAUGCACCCAGAUGCAGAAACUCAAAGAGACCAUCACCUACGCUCGAAGCAACCCCAGGGAAUUUAUCAGCCAGUAUGUCAACCUAACAAAGUUGAAUGAAACUGUAACAAGGAUCAAUGCUACCAUUCGGGAGCUAUAUUCCAAGCUCCGAUACAACAUUACUCAUCCUAAAGAAACCAUUGAGAACAUCAAGAUACUCAUCAAGUAUGAAGAGCGCUGUGAACAAAUCAUGUGGGUGUUGGAGAAUCGAGAAACCAUCAAGACCCGGGCUAAGAAUUACUUGAAUGAAAUGAGAGCUAACAUUACCAAGAAGGCUAAAGCAGCUGUUGAUGACUUCAAGGAGCGUAUCAAGUAUGACGCAAGAUUGGAGAAGCUUAACAACUAUAUCCAAACCAGAUUCAAUGUUCCCAAAUUCGAAGAGAAAAUUAUGGAAUUGAUGGCAAAGUUGGGCGAGAUCAAGGAAAAAAUAGCUGAACUCAAAACGAGGAUUGGAGAAAGGCUCAGUGAGAUGAAGAUGAGCAUUGCCUCCCUCGACAAGGAAAUGGUCAAGGGAAAAAUCAACGAACAACUCAAUGCACGACUGAUGAAGGCCAACAAAUUCAUCGUCUACUACCUUAACAGCACCACCACUGAUUCCAUUUCAAGCUCUAUCUUCAUUAAUUACAAGGAUGAUGCCCAAGUCCAGGAACUAAUGCGCAAGGUUAUCCGCAUCAGACCACGCAAUGUUAUUGAUAUCAUCAACAAGACAAGUGUAAUGGAAACAAAGAACCUGGCCAUGGAAGUGAAAGAAAAUAUGAUCACCCAACUUGAACUGCUGAAUCAAACUACUUUCCGCUAUGUCAAUAAGACCUACCUGAAUGAAACCAUCAAACAGGCUAUUGAAAUACUUAAAGAAUGGAAUUCCACCCUCAAUGAGUAUGUCUAUGUUGAUGUUAUCAAGGGAGACAUGGAGCUUGUCUUCAAUAUCUCAAAGGAAAAGUUAGUUAACAUGACCAGAGCAACAACUCUCUUUGUCAAGUCAAAGGCUGACCUUAUCAAAGCAUUCCUUAAGGAACAGUGGGAUGCACGCCCAAGAUCUCUUGAGGAGCUCAAAGAACGUCUGAUGGCAAUACAAACCAUUGCAGCUGAUUACAUCAGAGGAAGGUACAACAUUGACGUUGAUCAAAUAAUUGAAAGGGUCAUUGAUGAAUACAGGAACAGGAAACAACAGGUAGAUGAAAUCAUUGUCCGUAUGGUCAACGAGUACAUGAAGAGGAAAGAGCAGAUUGAUGAGGUCGUAACCAAGAUCAUCGCUAUCUCCAAGAAUGAAACCCAUCCAGUGAACAUGCUUCCUCUCUGCUACUUCAACAGAACCAUCUAUCAGAUCGUUCAACCUCCUGUCGAUAUAACACGGAACCUAACAGUCCUCUACAGCAAGAUGGCAGCAAACCUCACUAAGGUUUAUAGCAAGAAAGUAGCCGACAACAUUGAGGUCUACAGCAAGAUGGCAGUCAACCAAACCAAAGUGUAUUCUCGUAUCGCUCUGGACAAAAUGAAGGCUCUAAGAAAGAAAUAUACUCCUAUUGUGAUGACAGAAAUGCAGAAAUACAAAGUGAAAGCACUUCAGAAGGGCAAGAUCGUAAAGGAUACAUCAAUCAUGUAUUUCAACAUGGCUAAGGGAAAUGCAACCCUGUUCUAUGAGAAGUACGCUCCAAUCGUCAAUGAGACCAUUCGUACCUUCAUUUGUGAUGCCAAGCAACGUCUCUUCAACUUUACCCUGCAGAUUCGCUUUAAGACUGACCACUUUAUCAACAUGUCCAUACAGUUCCUUGAACCUCACGUGCAACUUUAUCGUGAGAGAAUCUAUACUGCAAAUAUGAUGGAACGAGUUCGUCAACUUCCUGCCAAGACCGAGGCUUACUUAAUGGAAGCAGCUGAAUACCACAUCGAAAGAUAUCCAGAGUAUAAGCAGAAAACCAUCCAAAACAUUGAUGAAAUGAAGAUAAAGCUUGAGGAAUUGAAGGUCAAUCUCACAAGGUUUUACCAAGAAGUGAAAGCCAACAUGACAAGAAUGCUUGAAGAAUUGAAGGAGAAUACAAAAGAGUUGUACAACAAAACCAAAGAGAAAGCUCUCGAUAUGUACAAUAUACGAAAAGACCAAUUCAAAGCCCUCAAACUGCAGGCUCAGGAUAAAUGGCAUGAAUGGCAACCAAUCAUCUUGAAGAACAUGAAUAUCUACUGGACAGUACAAGCCAUAAUUUCUGCAACAAAAGAUGAAUACUCACUGAUCAACGAGUUACCAAUGAGAUUAAUGGAAACAACCAUCUUUGAACUCGGUCAAGACCUCAAAGCAUACAUCCAUCAACUUGCAGAAGAACUGGUUGAAACGGCUAAGAUGAGCAUCAAGGACCGAACAAGUCUUCUCAACAAGUACCCUGUGAGGUACCUGGAUAUGACUAUCUUUGAGGUUGGUAACAUCUCAUAUGGAAAGAUCCUUGUAGCUUCAAAUCUGACCAGAUUCUAUGCAAACAUGACACUGACAAGGAUCAAUUCUUCUUUGGUGAUGGUAAACAAGACCUUCUAUGAUGUCUUGAAUGUAUCCAACACCAAACUAAGAGAGGUUGUUCUUCCCAUCCUGAACCAAACUGCCAGGGACAUCAUUUUCUUCAUCAACCGCACCCGUUCUCAGCCAUGGAGGGUUACCAUCAAUGAGACAAUGUGCUUCCUCAACAGGACAUCUGCCAUCCUAAGGAACAAGGCCAAUGAGACCUUCAUCAUUUUCCAAGCUAAAGCCAUCGAAGCAUGGCAGAAUCUUACAUCAGAAGAGAGCAUUGCCAAAAUGAAGAUGUACCUAAACAACACCAAAGAUCAGAUUAUCAGGAGUCUGAAAGUUGCCAAUGAAACCAUCUACAUGAUACGCAACAAGAGCAUCAAUCUAGUCAUCUAUGUCAGAGAUGAGACCCGUCUCCUCAAUCUCUCCAAAGAGUAUGCACUUCUUGCCAAGGACCUGACCAAGAAUUCCAUCUACCAAGCCAGGAACAUGACAUUGCAGACAAUCAACUAUGCCCGUAACAUGACCAACACCAUCAUGACUUAUAUCCAGGGACCUGCCAAAGAUUUCACCAUGGAAUAUGUGACAUAUGUGAACAACACAAUAGCAGGAUGGGCCAUUCGCUACUAUGAAGUAGACCAAUUCCCAUCAAAGGCCAGUGCUUACAUUGCUGCCAUUAAGCCUGUUGAGAGGACAAUCAAUCUGACCAUGAUUGCCCUCAACCAGACCCGUCACCUGACUGAAUUGGCCUUCAACCGAAGUAAAGAUAUGACCCGCUAUGCUCUUAACGAGACCAUCGUCAUGACGCAGUAUGCGCUCAACCAGACUCGCAUCAUUACUGGCCAGGCAAUUAAGAAUGCCAGUAUUCUGACUUGGCAGGCAAUCAACCGUACCCGCACUCUCAUCAGAGAUACUCUCAACUCCAUUGGUCGUCUUGAUGACCACAGCUUUGCCAUGAACAUCUCUCAUCCAUUCAACUGGACAAGCUUCCGGAGUUUACCAAGACCCAGCAACAACCAGAUCCAGUACAUCAAGGAUAAGAUGGCACAGCUCAACGUCACUCUACAAAAGAUUUGUGUGAACAUGACAGAGCGAUAUUACAAUUACUCAAGGAUGGUGAACGAUUACUAUCAGCUUCAGAAGCCAAUGAUUGAUGAGAAGAUUGAGCUUUUCCGUACCAAACUCCAACAAUACAGAGCCAUUCUUGAGGAGAAGAUUGAUCAGUACCAGGUAAUCUUUGAUGAAUACAAGCAAAAGUUCAAGGAGCAGAAAAACGUUUACCAGCAAAAGUGGGAAACCGAAUGGAAGCCUCGCCUAAUGGAAAAGAAGAACCAAAUCUUGACCUGUUGGAGGGAGGAAAUCAAGCCUAAAAUCAACGAGAUGAUCACCAAUUUGACCAAUUUCAUCAAGGACCCUGAAUUGCUGACCAAUCUCAAACAAAUUGCUCUCCAAUUCAAGACGGAGACUCUACCUGAAUGGAAGAGAGUAAUCCUUGAAGAGAAAUACCCCGAGCUCAAGAUGAUAAUUGUGGAGAAGUAUUCUGAAAUCAAAAUGGAAGUCAUCACUCAAUAUGAGAUUGCUAAGGAAAUCUUUGAGGAGCUCAAACUCAAUGCUACUAUCUUCCGACAGAAGGCAAUGACCAAGGUGGAGUCUCUGAAGACAAAAGCUCUGGAGAAGUGGAAUGAACUACUUCAGAAGAUCGAGGAUAUCAAGCAGGACUGGCCAGAAACUUAUAAAAAGAUCAAGGCUGAUAUUGAGGCAGUCAGGGUUGAUCUCAAGACCAAACUGUCUGGAUAUAUCAACAAGAUCCUUACACUUCUUCAAGAUCUCCGCAUCCCUGUUGAGCUUCUUCCCCUCGAACACAUUAAGAUCUACAGCCCCUGGAAAUACACUGCUAUGAUCUUCGGGGAGAACCAUGUCAUGACAUUUGAUGGCAAGGUAUACAGCCUGCCUGCAUAUGCUGAUGAGGUACAGACCUACGUCCUUGCUCAUGACUACGUAGACCGAAACUUCACUCUUUUGGUACAGAAGAAGCGUGUCACCCUCGUUAUCCGCAACACAAGUGUUGCAAUUGAUGAUGAGAAUGUUGUCCAUGUCAAUGGAUUACCAACCCUACAGGAAUUGCCCUACCAGACACCAAUCAGCAAGGAGGUGACCAUAAUGGCCAAGGGUCCAUGGGUAAAUGUCACAUCAACAAAGGGAAUCGCUCUCUCCUGCCACGUUGAUCACUUCUUAUGUAUCUUCCAUUUGAGUGGUUGGUACCAUGGAAAAUCUCGAGGACUAUUUGGCAACAUUGAUACAGAGCACCACAAUGACUUCAUCCUGCCAGAAGGUGGUAUAACAACCGAUGUGGCAGAGUUCAUUUCAGCAUAUGAUGUCUCACCAUAUACAUCACGAAAUGUUGUUCCAUCUCGAUUCGGAGCUUGCCGAUCAAAUGCCGAUGAGUGCCGCAACAGGUUCCUUGCUGAAGAAUCACCAUUGAAUGCUACCUUCAGGGACAUCAACCAAGUUGAGUUCUACAACUUCUGUGUUGAAGAGACAUCGAAGUGCCAUACCGUAUGUGAAGCCACCAAUCCUGUUGCCACCUUGGGAAUGCACCUGCUUUGCGAUGUCACCUAUGAACAGAACUGCUUGGACUGCACCCCAGGGGAAGUUAGCCAAGAGAACAUGCGAUCAACAAGCACUGCAGACAUUAUCUUUGUGGUGUCUGAAACUGUAGCAAUGGCUGAAGACAAUAUCAUCAAGUCCAGUAUGAAGAAUAUCAUUAAUGAAAUGGACAGGAAGCUUCAAAACAUAAAUGAUGUAAGGUAUGGAAUUUCGGCAUAUGGUGGAGCUGACAUCCAUGGACGACCACAUGUCCAUACACUCUGUGGCCAUUUGAUGGACAGCAGCCUUGACUGUGCUUCCCGUGGUGUUGACAGCUUGGUCUUCGCAGGAGCAGUGCCUGGUGAUGCUAUGGGUGCUAUCCAGCUUGCUGUUAGCUAUCCAUUCCGCAAGGAGGCUGCCAAGAUCAUAAUCUUGAUUGCUGAUGAAGAUAUUAUGGAGGAGAGUACUAACUAUAUUGAAUACCUAUUAAAGAUCAACAACAGCAGAACAGCUAUUCAGAAGCGCCUUGAGCGUCAAGGAAUCACUUUCAACGUCUUCUCAUCUUACCCCACUCUGAACAAGAAGAGUACAGAUUCUCCAAUCUUGGGAGUUGACUACCUUGGCACACAGAUCAUCGACAAGAAGAACAGUGCUGAAGAGGGUACAAGUCGUCUUGCCAUCCCAACAGGACAGUAUGCCAAGCUUGCUAAGGCUACUCGUGGUUCUGUACUUGGUCUCCGAUGGCUACAGACAGGGCAUCGUGACCUGAACACCAUGCUUCCGAAACUGAUUUUGUCACAGAUCGAACCCCAAGCAAGUGGGCAGGUCGACUUCACCUGUCGCUGUGUGAUCGGCAUGUAUGGAGAGUCACGCAAUGAAUGCCAGAUCAGUCGACAUGCCGACCCUUAGUUCUCAACACGACAUCCCUGUAACACCAGCUGAACAUUCUUGGCAAUUGCAUAUUAACUAUAAUGAAUGGAUUAUGAAUAUUGAAUACAUUUUUGUAUUGGUUCUAAAUCAAUAUCAUUUUUAGAUACUACUACAAAAUAGAUUGUGAAUUACAGGGAUAGGAAAAAUCUCUAAUGCCUCUGGGUUACCUCUUAUAGUGCCCAGGCUGUAUAUAAGUGAAAACGGACUAUAUGUAUUUUAAAUCAAGCAAUUUCUUCACUGAGAAAGAUAUACUUAUAUAUAUGUUGAUGAAAACAUAUCAAUGUUUAUAGCAUAACAGUAUAAUAUCUCUCAAUCAUUGUAUGCUAACAAAUGAUUUUUGAGAAGGAACUUACAGAUCUGGGCCCCAUCUUACAACGAGCUGCGAUUGAUCUGAUCAAUCUUAACUAUGGAAAGCCAGCAACGCCCACAUUUAAAGUGCAUGUUUGUUAAAAAUAUUUUAUAGAUAUGAUGUGUAAUUGUUUUCUUGACAAUUUGGUGAGUUCGCCUUUGAUUACAAAGGACAUUUAGCAAAUUUCAUGUUGACAAAAAAUUGACACUGAUGGAUUUCUCUAGAGUUACGAUGGAAUGGAUCAAUUGUAACUCUUUGUAAGACGGGGCCCUGGUAUUGGAUCAUUUUUUUAGAAUAAAACAGCUGCAAUCGGAAACGACAGAGGACUAGCUCAGUUCUGUUUCAUAACAAUUUUCAUGCACGAAAUUUAAUCAAGUACGCCUCUUUGGAAUUAUUUUAAAGGGCAAUUUGGUUUCUGCAACUCUAUGUCUAAUCCAUGAUUUGGUAAAAACUUCUACCUAACAAAACGCCUUGGCACCACAUGAGUUACAGUAAAUUUGACAUAAAAUUGAAGAUUACUAUCAAAAGUGGACACCUUUGUAAUUGUAUUUCUUUUAUCAACAUCUACAGCCCUCUAGUGUCAUGAGAAAAGAAGCUACCAUAUCAAAUAUCUGAAGCACUAUCAUUAUGGUUGAUUCCCCAAUACCAACAAUACAAAACAUAGUGUAAAAAUACAGAAUUUCACAAAUUUGGCUACAAUCAUUUCUUGAACGGAAUUUAAGGAGUAAGCCAUGUUACAUUGGCACUGUCAGAAAUCUCAUCAUAAAAGUGUCUGAAGCAAUCCUACUCUUUUUAAUCACUUCAUAUCCUAUAAAAUGUUUAUAAAAGAAAUUGCCUAGAAAAAAUGGAUAAUAAACUGCUGCAAGUAUAAAACCAAACUUUGUUGUAUAUCUUUAUUCGGAUGGUUUUACUUAUGUACACACAGGCUGUGCUUACAAUAAAUGAACAGAACCACUGCAACUUCUUAUACAAUUGAUGCAAUUUUAUCAUAUUAAAUUACUAUUUCAAGCAUGGCACUGUUUCUGGAUUAUAGUCACUUUUUACGUAAUGUAAUUACCAUGGAAACAUUAUGAUUGGUUGUUGAGCCCUUUUAAUGUUGAUGUUUCAAAAUAGCAAAAUCAACCCUGAAAAAAGUUUGUUGUCAAAAUAGCAUAAAAUAUAAUAAAAGACAUUGGUGAAUGUUUGAGGAAAAUCUGUUAAAGAUUUAGAAAGUUAUCAGAAUUUUAAGUUUUGGAUUUGUGACGUCGUAUAAGAGUACCUGCCGCAUAUGUUAUGUCAUAUAAAAUGCAUAAAUUUCUAUUGGUUUGUGAUGACUUAUUUUUGUUUUCUUUUUAGGAAAAGUUGUGAAAUGAUUUGUCUAUUGAUAUACUGAAUGUACAGUAAAAACCAUAUUUUAGAUUUUCUGAGAAAAUGACAUUUUCAUUGAUUUUUAUCACACAAUAUGUAGGAAAGGUGCUCACAUAUGACAUCACAAAUCAAAUGAUUAAAAUUCUAAGAACUUUUUAAUUUUUCUCAAACCUUUUUCAUUACUUUUUCUGCUAAUUUUACAAUAAAUGUUUUGUUGUGGUAAACUUCCCUUUAAUCAUAAGUUCUUUAUGAAAUGGGCCUUUAACUUUUGGGACGAAUCUGUGCCCAGUUACUUCGCGACUUUGUUUCAUUGAAACUGCAAUAUAAUGAUUAAAUUCAUUUAAAAAAAAUUGAAACGGUGGGACAUGUCACUGGCUUACAGUAAUCUUGUAAAAGAAAUUUGGCAUUCUAUUUUAUCUGACAAGUUAUUUUUUUUAAUGGCAGCAAUGACCUCUUUUAAAUCUCUCAGUUUUGCAUUGGUGCAUUUUGUCUUACAACCCUACAGUUGUAGGGGAUUUCUUAAGUGUGUUGUUUGAUUUGGUAUUUGACCCCUUGGCUAAAAAAUAAAAAUGAAAAUCCAUAUGUUAUUGUUCGAAAUAUGAAAAUUAAAAAUAUUCAAAAAAUUCAUAUUGCCCUAUUGAUCGUGGGCCCGGCAGCCACUGUUAAGCGCCAGAUCAACGAGGCUCUAUCCCUUCAAUGUUGAACGCAUUGUGUAAUCAUCAUAUGGCUAUUUUUUUUUUUCUUUCAGUGAUGGUUUGCUGUACAGUCAUAACUAGAAAUUGUUAGAACAAAAAAGAACAUAAUCAUUCAAGGUAGUAAUGUUUGAUUUGGAGCAAUUCACACUUUAUUCAAGUUUACGAAAUGUGAAAUUAAAUAUGUGCACAUGAAGCAAACCAACAUUUUCAGGGUUUCAUGUACACUGACUGAAUACUGGGUUGUUGAUU